CUUGAAAAAAGUGAGCGAUUGCGCGAACGUACCAUAAAAGUACACGUUGACACAUAUUGAUCAUUAAGCUUUAAUAAAGUAAUGAAGUUUUGAGCGACAGCAACUCUAAUAAGAUGAAAUGAAUGAAAUAAAACUAUAGCUAUAGGAUAUACAUUGUAUAUGCAAAAUCCGUACUAGAAAAAUUGGGUGAUGUGGACAAAAAAAUGAAUAAAAUGAUUAACGUUCAUAGUAGUAGCGUAGGAUGACUCGACUCGAUUCACUUUCAAAAAGAAAUGACUCCGCUAACCGCUAGAGAGACCUGACUCGACACUAAAAAAAAAGAGCGAUUCUUCGAUAUAGUUAAAUAAAAUAUUUGACGAGGAAGUGCCGAGAUGAAUCUUGUCAGCAUCAGCACAUGGUUAAAUUCUAGUUUCAUAUUUAUACACAAUAACUUUGAUUUAACGCAACAUGAAACUUCAAGUCUACCGCCUCGUCAUUGUUUUUAAAAUUUAUUGUGGAUAGAAUUUGACCUGUGAUUUGAAACAGUAGUGACUUGACUUGUAAUAUGGGAUUGCGGUAACUUGACUGGAGGGACGUAUGACUCAUACCUUUACGGACUUGUAACCUUCUACGCCAAGGGUGUGCAACCUUUAUCACAGGAGGGCCAGAUACAAUGAACUAGGUGAAGACUCGGGCCGCACUUUUAUUUGAGAUAGCCUUUCUAGUAGCCUAUAUAGCUGCAUGCACAAAAUAUUGUUUCUUUAUGUUAUUAAUCUUACGGCAUUGUUAAGGGCCAUUGCAGAAAUGGCGAGUUAGAACGCAUAAAUUUCUAUAAAAUUUCUAUUUCCCUUGCGGGUCGCAUUUGGCCCGCGGGCCGCAGUUUGCACACCCCUGCUCUACGCAGUCGACAAUUCAGGUGUGAAAUCGUAAAAGAUUUUUUUGGGAACACCCAUACAUUAAUGUUUAUAUCAUAGACUACAAUUUUAGCUAGACUUUCAAUCUUGUCCCACCUACAAAAAUCACAGGUAAUUUAUACUGGUAUGAUACGUAAACUUUUUAUACGUUUAUCUGUUGCUAUUCUGUUGAUAAUAAUACUGUGUGCUUGGGAAUUACCACUAUGGAAAUUGAAGUCAAGCGGAUAUAGGAAAAGGAGUUCAAGUGAAAACUACAACAACGAAAUGAAAUUAGCAAUGCAAGAAAUGUCCAAAAGUAAUUUUACACAUUUCAUACCGAUUCAAAACUUACGAUUAAAAAAUAUAUUUUAUAAUCGAAUCGAAAAAUGUGGGAGCAGAUCUCUCGUAAGCGUUGUGUGUAAUUUGAAGAGAGCAAACAAAUUUCAAGUCGAGAAGUCCAAGGUAUAUACUAACAGACGGCUAACAGGUGAAGAUUUAAAAAAAGAAAAGGAAUUAGUAAUUGGACUGACUCUUCCAACGUUUUACGAGCGACACAUUUUCCAUAUCAAUUUUGAAGAAUAUAAUGAUAAGAAGCCGAUUCUAAUUAACAUGGUGAGAGAUCCGAUUGAGCGAUUUGUAUCACAUUUUUCUUAUGAAAAAUAUGGGGAUGUAGCCAUGAAAAUUAGUCCAUCAUUUCCAGACAGGGAAGACAUUAAUGACUGCAUUUCCAAAGAAAUUGGAGUUUGCCAAAAAGAAAAUACCAUGAUGUUUAAUAUUGGUCUGUAUUUUUGUGGAAUGAGUGAAGAUUGCCUUAAUGCCUUUUCAAAUAAAAGGGUUGAAAUAGCAAAACGGAACAUUGAUGAAAGAUACUCUUUUAUCGGAAGUGCGGAAGAAUUCGGGACGAGUUUGCAACUUCUCGAAAAAAUGUUUCCAGAAUUUUUCAGAAAAUCGCUCCAUAUGUGGAAAGGCCAUCACCGUGCUUUAAAUUUAACAGCUACAAAAAAGAAAGACGUUUUAACUGAUGAAUCAUGGCGAAAAUUGAGGUAUGAACUUAUGAUACAUGAAUAUGAAGUUUAUCACCAUGCAUUAAGAAAAUUUAUAAAUUUGAAAGGACAAUUUGGCAUUGAGUAAAACAUCAGAAAUUGUUCUAUCCAUUAACAAAAGUUAUUGCAUCACGUUUAGUUAGAGUUGAUGUCUUAUGUGCAAAAACUUUGUAGGGCCGUCAUUGCGAUACUAUUCUCAUGUGUACGUUUGCACAAAAGUCAGUUCUCACAAAAUUUAAUUCCCGCAAA